AGAUAUCGAGUCCAAUCACACGCACACGAGUACCAGCAGUGCAGAGCUAGCUGAGAGUGAUCAGUAUCCGAUCGAUCAGCCAUGGAGUACUCUCGUGGAGAUCACACCUCGAACCGGCUCAAGCUUCUCUGCAAGAUCGCCGUGCUGCUCUGCAUCGGCGCCGCGGCGGCGAGCGGCCAGCUGACCGACGACUACUACGACUACUGCUGCCCGCAGGUGUACCGCAUCGUCCGGUCGCGCGUGGCCGCGGCGAUGAAGGCCGAGAUGCGCAUGGGCGCCUCCCUCCUCAGGCUCCACUUCCACGACUGCUUCGUCAAUGGCUGUGACGCGUCGAUCCUUCUUGACGGCAGCAACAGCGAGAAGUUCGCAGCGCCGAACAAUAACUCGGUGAGAGGGUACGAAGUCAUUGACACGAUAAAGGCGGACCUCGAGAGCGCCUGCCCGGGGGUCGUCUCAUGCGCCGACAUAGUAGCCCUUGCGGCUAAAUACGGAGUACUACUUAGUGGAGGACCUGAUUAUGAUGUUCUUCUGGGGAGAAGAGAUGGUCUGGUGGCAAACCAGACAGGAGCCAACACUAACUUGCCUAGCCCGUUCGAUUCGAUCAGCACUAUCACCAAGAGUUUCCAGAACGUCGGUCUCAAUGUAACCGAUGUUGUGGCCUUAUCAGGAGCGCACACGAUCGGGCGAUCCCGCUGCUUACUGUUCAGCUCCCGGCUGGCCAACUUCUCGGCGACCAACUCCGUCGACCCGACGCUGGACUCGUCGCUGGCGACCAGCCUGCAGCAGACGUGUCGCGGCGGCGACAACCAGCUGGCAGCGCUGGACGUCAACUCCUCUGACGUGUUCGACAACCACUACUUCCAGAACCUGCUCGCCAACAAGGGCGUCCUCUCCUCCGACCAGGGCCUCGUCUCCAACUCCGACGACCCCACCGUCGCCGCCACCAAGGCGCUUGUGCAGGCCUACAGCGCCAACGGCCAGCGCUUCUCCUGCGACUUCGGCAGGUCCAUGGUCAGGAUGGGUAACAUUAGCCCUCUCACCGGCAAGGCCGGCCAGAUUCGCAAGAACUGCAGGGCCGUCAACUGACGCCAAAGCAAAGAUCUUGCAUCGAUCAGUGAGCCAUGGCCCCAUCUAUUCUCGGAUUGCCAAUAAGCUCUGUCGUCUUCUUGGACUCAAGUGCGAAUCUGUGUUUGUGUUUCGUUUUUGUUCAAGCUAUCUAGGAUUCUCUCCGGUCACGAGUUGCAUACUGGCAUAAAGCGUUAGCAUAUGCAGUGCAAAGUUGCCCGCCUAUGAAUCGGCAGCUGCAUUUUCAGUGGGACGGUGUUAUCACCAAUUAUCAGAGCACAGACAAACGCGCUGUAGCUCUCUGAAAGUGUGAAAGAAUAUGCAAC